AUGGCCGGUAAGGGUUACUCACAGAAACGCUCCUUCAACAGUAGCGGUCGUUCUCUUAAUGUCGGCGGAUUAAUUUCGCAAACGAUCAUCGUCACCGGAGUCGAGUCAGGCGCCGGUGUUGAGGCCGCUCCUCUACACGGUACAUCGUACAGGGUGCGGGAUAAUGGUCCGUGUGUGGAGCGUAUUGGGGCGAAAGUCGUGUCCGUCCCUCACAGACCAGUCGGCGACGGCCCGCGCGCCGCCAGACCGUUCGGCGCCUGCUCACAAAGGGCUCAUUGUGUUCCUCGCCGACCGAUUCUAUGGAAGGUUCGUACUGGAGUUAUUCGUGUGAUGUCAAUGUGGCGUAAUGUUAUCUACAUCCUGGUUGCUAGGGUCCGACUCGAUGACUGCACUGAUACAUUUUAUUUUAGGAAUUCUCAAGAUAGUCAGCUUGAAGAUAAGAUAAGCGGGUGUGCGGGCGAGCGGGGUGCGGGCGGGCGGGCGAGCGGGCUGUGGGCGCGCGGGUGUGGGGGGGCUAGCGCCGCUAAGCGACGGCCUGUCUACGCCGCCGAGCUGGCGACACCCUGUCUGCCGCGGAGCGCGCCGUUGCCGCUCCGUGCACAUUCCUGUCCGCCCGCGCCCCUGCCUCGCGUCCCACAACCUCGUGAACCGCCCGCGCGCUCUUAUCGGCAACGUCGCAUUUAA